UUUCAGUUCCGGUUGAGCUGAUUGCAUGAAGUGCCACACCUAGGUCUCGCCAGAAUACAGACUGAAUUUAACUUUGCUUGGUUGAGGAUGAUAUGUGUUCAAGUUGUGCGUUAAUGACAACAUACCACACCUAUGCCUACUCCUGUACAGUAACCUCACAUAUCAUUAUUGUGAAGAUAAUGCCAAGCAAUGCCCUGUGGUCUGGCUGUGCUGUUCACUGUGCUGAUCAUUGCUGAACUAAAGACUGUUGAUUCAUAUUCAUGCCUCCUGUGUUCUGACCGACACACCAGGGCGAACACAGCUACCCUAAACCAGUGUAAUACAGUCAUAAAAUCAUAAUUUGAGCAAAUGUUUAUCCUGAAGAUUUCUCGGAAUGAACAACUUCACCUUGAGAAGAGCAUUAAGAUGCUGUUUCAUCUGUGUGUUUGCAGUGCUGGUAAACAAAGUGUCUCUGCAGGAAACAGUAGAGGCUGUUAUUGGUGGUUCUGUUGUCCUGCCAUGUUUUUACACUGAACAUGAUCUUGAACUACAAGACAUUGAUGUGAACUGGAGACACAAUGGCAAAAUGAAUGUGUAUGAUAUAAUCAAGGGUGAAGAUUCAGUAGAGCUACAGGACCAACGGUACAAGAACAGAACUAAAACUUUCCCUGAUGAGUAUCUGAGAGGAAACUUCUCCAUUAAACUCAACAAUCUCACUCACACUGAUGCAGGAAAAUACAUCUGCUUCAUCAAACACUCAUCUGAACAGAGGACUGUACAGCUGCACAUCAACGAAUCAACAGCAGAAGGAAACAAAUCACAUGACCAAAGAGACCAAGGAGAAGAAACAGAAGCAGACAAGAUGAAGACAUCAUCGGUCUGGGUUUACAUUGUAGCAGCUGUAGCAUCAGUAGUAGUAGUAGUAGCAGUCGCAGUGAUUAUACACUGUUUCUUAAUUCAGAGGAAAAAAAAACAAGCUUUAGCUUCUGUCACGACUGAAGGAGAAACAAAUACAUGUCAGGUCUAAAAGUUUCAAUUUUCACAUCCUCACUUUUGUGACUUUAAUAUUUUAGAAUAAUGUUGUCAAAGACGCCCUGUGAGGCCAAACAUAAACUUUUAUGGUUGCAAGCCAUUAAACUGGCAGAUAGGACUGAUGAAAGCUGUUGAUGAUUAGUGUACAAUUAAAGCGUGCAUUUGAUGUAAUCAAUAGAUCUACAUAAUAUUCACAUAGGGGGCAUGAUGUAUUAGCCUGACAGUUACAGCAUGAAAUAUUUAUACUUAUAACGUUACAUGGAUAAUAUUUAAACCUAUAACAUUCCUUUCAGAAUUCUGACUUCUUUCUCCCAGUUCAGACUUUAUAACUCGCAAUUGUGAGUUUGUAUCAAUUUUUUCAUAAUUGCAGGAUAUAAGCGCUCAAUUCUGCGUGGGAAAAAAUGCAGAAUACCGAGUUCAUAUCUCGCAAUUCUAUUUUUUCUUCUAAGAAUUGUAAGAUAUAAACUAAGUCUUAAUUGUGAGAAAUAAACUUAACAUUUUCUUUUUUUUUCUUUUAUUCCGUGGCUUCCAUUGUAUCUCCAGCAUCCUCUUUUACUGCAGAACUUUAUUUUCUGUCACCAGGUUGGCUCCGCCCACAAAAACUUUAUCGCUGUUUGCAAAAACCCAAAUGGUCUCUAUGUUACUGCCUUAACAAUUCUGUACCUCAAGUGCUCUUUCUUCAUGUUGUGUUUGACGAUAUUAAAUGUAUUUUGUAUUCUUUAUGAAUUAUUUUGUGUUAAAUUAAAACUGCAAAUUAUUUACCAAAUCUGAUUCAUUAAUUCCUGAUCAGUCAAAAUAAUGAUUAUUUUUCUGUCUGUCAGAUUUCUAUGAGUGUCGGAUUGUCUUUUUAAAUUAGUCAUUUUGCAAAAGUUUUAUGACAGUAUUAUCCUCUCCUACAUUGACUCAAGGCCUUGUUGCUCCCAAACCUAAAAUGUCUUAACAAUUACAAGCCUUAGUUUUUAGUGUGUUAACAUACAAGUUCCUGUAAGAUUUCAGUCUGUUUCCCAGUCUGCUUCUCUUUAUGUUG